AUGGCCCCCGCUCCGCCCCCCGCCGCCUCCUUCUCGCCCUCCGAGGUCCAGCGGCGCCUGGCGGCCGGCGCGUGCUGGGUCCGCCGCGGGGCCCGCCUCUACGACCUCACCAGCUUCGUGCAGCAUCACCCGGGGGGCGAGCAGCUGCUGCGGGCCAGGGCCGGCCAGGACAUCAGCGCCGACCUGGACGGGCCACCGCACAGGCACUCGGCCAACGCGCGCCGCUGGCUGGAGGAGUACUACGUGGGCGAGCUGCAAGGGGACCCGCAGGAUUUGACGGAGAGUGAGGCUGUAGCCACUGAGGAACCUCAGAAGACAGACCCUGCCAUUGAACCAAGGCUCAAAGAGGUGGAUUGGGACAAGGACCUGGUAGACUGGCAAAAACCUCUCCUGUGGCAGGUGGGCCACUUGGGAGAGAAGUAUGAUGAGUGGGUCCACCAGCCGGUGACCAGACCCAUCCGCCUCUUCUACUCAGACUUCGUAGAGGCCCUCUCCAAGACUGCCUGGUACAGUGUCCCCAUCAUCUGGGUGCCCCUGGCGCUGUACCUCAGCUGGUCCUACUACCACACCCUGGCCCAGGGCAACGUCCGACUCUUCACGACGUUCACAACAGAGUACUCGGUGCAGGUGCCGGGGUCCGUGUUCCCUGUCCUCUUCGUGCUGGGCAUGUUCCUCUGGAGCUUUCUCGAGUACGUCAUCCACCGUUUCCUAUUCCACAUGAAGCCUCCCAGCAACAGCUUUUACCUCAUCACGCUGCACUUCCUCGUGCACGGCCAGCACCACAAGGCGCCCUUCGACGGCUCCCGCCUGGUCUUCCCCCCUGUGCCAGCUUCUCUGGUGAUCGCCUUCAUCUACGCAUGCUUACGGCUCCUCCUGCCUGCGGCGGUGGGAGGCACUGUGUUUGCAGGGGGCCUCCUGGGCUACGUGCUCUACGACAUGACCCAUUACUACCUGCACUUCGGCUCGCCGCACAAAGGCUCCUACCUGUACAGCAUGAAGACCUACCACGUCAAGCACCACUUUGCACAUCAGAGGUCAGGAUUUGGCAUCAGCUCUAAAUUGUGGGAUUACUUUUUCCACACCCUCAUCCUAGAGGAACCUGACCCGAAGACACAGUGA